GUGAAAUCUGUGCUUUUAAAAUCCACGGACAAGAAAUGCCCUUCGAAGCUGUUGUGUUAAACAAGACAUCUGGAGAAGGUCGUCUUCGAGCAAAAAGUCCUAUUGACUGUGAACUGCAGAAGGAAUACACAUUCAUCAUCCAGGCGUAUGAUUGUGGAUCAGGACCAGGUGGAACAAACUGGAAGAAAUCUCACAAGGCAGUGGUCCAUAUCCAGGUAAAGGACGUCAAUGAGUUUUCACCAGCUUUCAAGGAGAGAGUGUAUAAGGCCACCGUGACAGAGGGAAAGAUCUAUGACAGCAUACUACAGGUGGAAGCAAUAGACGAGGACUGUUCUCCACAGUAUAGCCAGAUCUGCAAUUAUGAAAUUGUCACAACUGAUGUUCCUUUUGCCAUUGACAGAAACGGUAACAUCAGAAACACUGAGAAAUUGGACUAUGAUAAACAGCACCAGUAUGAGAUAAGGGCAACAGCUUUUGACUGUGGGCAAAAACAUGCAACAGAAGAUGUCUUAGUACGAGUUAAUGUCAAACCAGUGUGCAAACCAGGCUGGCAAGACUGGAACAAACGGAUUGAAUACAGGCCUGGUUCUGGCAGCAUACCUUUGUUUCCCAGCAUUCAUCUAGAAACGUGUGAUGGACCAGUUUCCUUGAUACACACCACCAUUGAAUUACAGACCAAUUACAUUGGAAAGGGCUGUGAUCGUGAAACGUACUCAGAAAAAUCUCUGCAGAAAUUAUGUGGAGCUUCCUCAGGUGCCAUUGACCUGUUACCAUCUCCCAGUGCAACAACUAACUGGACAGCUGGGCUUCUCAUGGAUAACAAUGACAUGAUUUUUAAAUUUGAUGGAAAGCAAGGAGCUAAAAUCCCAGAUGGAAUAGUCCCGAAGAACUUAACUGAUCAAUUCACCAUCAGUCUGUGGAUGAAACAUGGACCUAGUCCAGGAUUAAGAGCUGAGAAGGAGACUAUUCUUUGCAACUCUGACAAGACAGAGAUGAACCGACACCACUACGCCCUGUACGUGCACAACUGCCGAUUAGUAUUUCUGCUGCGCAAAGACUUUGAUCAGGCUGACACCUUUCGUCCUGCAGAGUUCCACUGGAAACUGGAUCAG